CAAAUAUGACUUAUAAAUUUCAUAACCUAUCACAUAUUUUAUUUAAUUUUAUUAUAAGAGAAAAUACUCGUAAUAUUAGAUUUUUCUGUAAUAAAAAACCGUAUAAUGUCCUAUUUUUUGGGUCCGACAGCAUUGCACUCAGUAGCCUAAAACGCGUAAAUGAGUUUCGAAAAGAGGAAAGUAAAAUUGACCGUAUUUCUCUAGUCACAGCAAAUACUUCCAAAAAGAAAUCAGCUAUAGAAAAAUAUGCUUGCUUAGAAAAUAUAAACACUUUACAAUGGCCUUUACAAAAUCUACAAAUUGGAGAAUACGAUAUUGGUUUAAUUGUAGCAUUUGGACACCUGAUUAAAAAUGAUCUACUCAUGAAAUUUCCUUUGGGAAUGGUAAAUGUUCAUCCAAGUCUCCUGCCUCGCUGGAGAGGAGCCGCACCUAUUAUUUAUACUCUUCAACAUGGUGACCAAGUUACUGGAGUUACACUUAUGAAAAUAAAACCAAACAUUUUUGAUGUUGGUGAAAUAAUAAGUCAACAGAAAGUUACAGUUUCAAAUGAUAUUAAAUUGCCAGAGUUGACAGAGGAAUUGUCAACAAUUGGUGCAAAUAUGCUUGUGGAUUGCUUAAGGCAUUUACCCCAUAGUUUACAGAAUGCUCAGCCUCAAAGCAAUGAAGGAGUAACCUAUGCAAAGAAAAUUAACAAAAGUAUAUGUGAAGUUAGAUGGUCAGAUAUGAGCGCUAUUCAAGUGUACAACUUAUAUAGAGCAAUAUAUGGUCUUUAUUCUCUUAAAACAAAGUUCAGGGACAAAGAGAUGAAACUAUUCAAUGCAUUUUUAGAUGACAAUAAUGAAAUUGAACCAAAUAGACCUCCGGGCGCUCUUCAGUAUUGUGAAAGAACUAAAUCUAUAAGGAUACUAUGUAGGGAUAAUAGAUAUAUACAUUUUAAAUCACUUAGAAUAAUAGGAAAAAAAGAAAUCACUGCUUUAGAUUUUUAUAAUGGUUAUAUUAAGAAUGUUCCAUUAGAAAAGCAACAUUUAAUGGUUUGUUAAAUAUUUUGUGAUAAAUAUGUGAUUUUAAUUUUUGUUACAGUAAUUUUAGUUACAAUUGUUCAAAUGUAUUGUGUAGAGAUUAUGGAAAACUAACAAGAGUGUGCAAAUAUUUUAUAUACUACUAUAGUAAAACAUGGUGGUUAAUUUUUAGACUAUUUUAUUUGAAGAAUCUGAGAUAGUUAUGUUUACAGGACAUUUAUUGUAACAAAUAA